CUGGCGUCCACUCUAAGAGUCCCAGUGAGGAGCAUGUGGUGAGGGCCAUGUCUCUGGAGAUGGAGAAGAGUGUCACUAAGUUGAUGUACGACUUCCAGAGGAACUCUACUUCUGACGACGACUCAGGCUGCGCGCUGGAGGAAUACGCCUGGGUGCCCCCUGGCCUCAGCCCUGAACAGGUGCAUCAGUACUACAGUUCUCUACCUGAGGACAGGGUGCCGUAUGUGAACAGCCCAGGAGAGAAGCACCGCAUCAAACAGCUGAUUCACCAGCUGCCCCCGCACGACAACGAGGUCCGGUACUGUAACACGCUGGACGACGAGGAGAAGAGGGAGCUCAAGCUCUUCAGUAACCAGAGGAAAAGGGACAACCUGGGCCGAGGCAAUGUCCGCCCUUUCCCACUGUCCGUCAGUGGGGCCAUCUGUGAACAGUGUGGGGGCCAGAUAAAUGGAGGGGACAUUGUGGUGUUUGCGUCACGGGCAGGCCACGGCCUGGUGUGGCACCCUCACUGCUUUGUGUGCAGCAUGUGUGAGGAGCUCCUGGUGGACCUCAUCUACUUUCACCAGGAAGGGAAGAUCUACUGCGGCCGGCACCAUUCAGAGAUGCUCAAACCCCGCUGCUGUGCCUGCGAUGAGAUUAUUUUUGCUGAUGAGUGCACAGAGGCAGAAGGCAGGCACUGGCACAUGAAGCACUUCUGCUGCUAUGAGUGUGAGGCUCCGCUGGGCGGCCAGCGCUACAUCAUGAAGGAUGGACGUCCACACUGCUGCCACUGCUUCGAGUCCCUGUAUGCAGAGUACUGUGACGCCUGCGGUGAACACAUAGGCAUUGACCAGGGCCAGAUGACAUAUGACGGGCAGCAUUGGCACGCCACAGAGGAGUGUUUCUGCUGUGCCCGCUGUAAGCGUUCCCUCCUGGGGCGCCCCUUCCUGCCCAAACAGGGACAGAUCUACUGCUCACGCUCCUGCAGCACCGGACAGGACCCAGACGAGUCAGACUCAUCUGACUCGGCCUUCCAGAGUGCCCGCUCCCGUGAGUCUCACCACAGCAUCAAGAUUCUAAAACCGGAGCGCCGAAAUGCCGAGCAGGAGCGUCGCCAGCCAGCACCCAUGACUGAUCGUCUAUCUGUUGAGGUGGAACCGCUGUCUAUCCAAAUGGACCGUCUGAGCCUUGGCUCUAGCCGCACACCCAGUCACGCCCCCAGCUGCACCCCUAGUCUCAACCAAGUGUGGAUGAGCCGGGAUGAACCUUACCCCCCAGCCUAUGAGACAGCCAACGAGGGCUCCCAGCAGGAUGCCUCUCCAACCCCCAAUUCCCUGCUCCUGGGCCUGUGUAACCCCAGGAAAGGCUACAGCCCCAGCUCCCACAACCCCCUGCCCCCAGCCCAGAGCCCUGUCAACCCAGGAAAAAGGCCUGAGUCCAGAGCUAAAGUGCAGGGCAACACGAAGCGAACGCCCAUGGCGGCACUGAGGGGUCAAUCCUUCCAGGACAACUGGAUCCACCACAGCCAAGACGAGUUCCGCCCACCCAAGCUGAGGACCCAGAUGAGCUUCAACGAGGUGUCCAGCCAAGGCCAGGGCUUCUCGGACAAGAGGAACAUCAGCAUGCAUGGCUUCCAGAAGGACAGCAGGCCCCCCCUGACCAAGAACAGGAAAGCAAUGAGCAAUGGCAUGAGCUUCACAGAGCCCCUCACCCCUCUGGAACAGACCCCCCGAGGAUCUAUGGAGUCUCUGGCCCUGUCCAAUGCUACAGGUAACUCACUGGAUGGGGUAAGUAAGCGUCAAGAGCACCUGUCCCGAUACUCCAUGCCAGACCUUAGUAAGGACUCUGGGAUGAAUGUGUCUGAGAAGAGUAACAUUGGCACACUGGGUUCCUCUGUCCAGUUCCGCAGCUCUGAGUCCCUGACCUCUCGGCCCUACGGGUACCUGAAUGCACCUGUGCAGGUGGGGUACCCCCUGGGGUACUGGGAUUCCCCCCAGCCCCUGGCCUUUAAGGGUACAGGUCGCGUGGGCCUAAUAGGGAGUAGUGGUAACCUCCGCAUGACCCCCAUGAGUGAGAGGAUCCCUCGUCGUCGGCCAAAAGGGCCAGAGCCCAUACAGCAACAACAACCAACACAAUCACGGCGACGCAAACACUGUGGCAAUGGUAAUGAUGGAAACGGCAACCACCGCAGCAGCGGUCGCCACUACCGGCGUUCUCGACGCUCACGCUCUGACAAUGCCCUCCACCUGACGGCCGACCGGGGAAGUCAUAUGAUGGAACCCCCGCACCGUCGUGUUCAGGAGGACUAUGACCGUUUCCCCGCCGGCCGUACCGCCCGGGACCUGUUUGGGGUGGAGGGCAUAGGCGGGUACAGACAGCAGCCUUACAGACCCUGCCCCCGCACCACCUCAGACCUCACCCUGCACAAUGCAGCGGGGGGUGGGGGGAUGCAGCCGCUGGGCCUUGGGGGACCACACUUGGGUGGGGAGGGAUACGGGGAGGGGGCAGACCCCUGGUGCUCCAGCUGCUCCUCAUCCUCUGAGUCUGAAGAAGACAAGGGUUACUUCCUGGGGGAGCCCAUCCCCAGACCUGUCCAGCUACGCUACCUCCACAAUGAGGAGCUGCGCCACAGAUACAGCCCUACAGGGAUGGGAGGGAUGGGGGUCCCCCAUGGACCCAUACAUGGACCCCUACAUGGAGGAAACCAAGGGCAGCUGCACGGACAGCUCCACAUGCGCCAGAGGAGGAAGAGCAAGAACUGCAUCAUCUCAUAGAUAGAGUUAGGGAUUGUGAGAAUGGAGAGAGAGGGAGUGGGAGGGUGACAGAGAAAAAGA